CCCAUUUACACCAAGUAGAACGGGUCAAAGGUUCCCCUUUAAAUCGUUAAAUCAGGUAAGAGACUGGUCACAGCAAUAUAUUUCAGUUCAGGGAACCAAGAAGAAGAAGAAGAAGGGUUCUAAUGGCGUCUGGCACAGAGAGUGAUGAAGCCUCAGACACUCCAGAAAUUUACAAAGACCCAGAUGAUGGGAGGCAGCGAUUCUUGCUUGAAUUGGAGUUCAUCCAAUGUCUCGCAAAUCCCACUUACAUUCACUAUUUGGCUCAAAAUCGGUACUUUGAAGAUGAAGCCUUCAUUGGGUACUUGAAAUAUCUUCAGUAUUGGCAGCGUCCUGAGUACACCAAAUUCAUAAUGUACCCUCAUUGCUUGUUUUUCCUUGAGCAACUCCAAAAUGCAAACUUUCGCAAUGCAAUGGCACAUCCUGCCAACAAGGAAUUGGCGCAUAGGCAGCAAUUCUACUUCUGGAAGAACUAUAGGCACAACCGUUUGAAACACAUAUUACCGAGACCUCUUCCUGAACCUGAAGCUGCACCCCCCGCCUCUGCUCCGCCUCAGCAAUCUCUGCCUCCUGUUCCACCUGUGCCAGCUGCAACCAUUUCUGCUGCAGCUACUGCUCCUGCCCUUCCUCCUAUGCAGUAUGCUAAUGCCCCUGGAUCUGCUCUUGCAAAGAACGAUGCAAGGAAUAGUGCUGUUGAUCGAAGAAAGAGAAAGAAAGAAGGCUAACUUGACAUAGCAUACAUACUAACAGCAAUGGAAAAUAUAUCAGAUGAGGAGAAUUGUCAAGAACUGAAAAAAGACUGAAACAAGAUUUUCCAACUCUCACUGACAUUAGUGUUAGAAUCUUCAAGACAAUCUAUCAGACACUUCUGAGUGGACAUUGAAGUUCAGUCAGACUUGACAAUAUCAGGGAAACUUUUAGAAGUUCUGGCAGUUGUCAGUAUUGAUUGUUUUAUACCCUCUAAGAUGGUCUGUCGAUGGUAGGAAGAGAAAUUGCGUGUAAGACAGUUUAAGCCUCCUUCUAGUUUCAACAGAGUUGAGGAAGCUAAAUGCGUAGCUUCAGAAUGUCAUUUGAUUCGUGGUUGACAACAUUACUGAUAUACAGUGUAUUCUGAUUGUUUGUUUUAGUUGAAUGAUACGUUCUUGUGUGGCA